ACACAAACGAAAGAAAUAUCAAAUUCUUCAUUAAAAUUCGCAAAUUCACAAAAUUUAUAAUUUCACAUUAAUUAAAAUAAUCAUUAAUAAAAUCACUAAAAUUCGCUUAAAAUUAGCAAAGAACAAAUAAAAACAAAUAUUUACUAUACCGCAAAUAAAUCCUCAUAAAUUGUUCUUCAAAUAAAAAUGGUUAGAUAUCAAUGCCAAAUUUGUAAAAGAGAAUUUUCAACUUACUGCGGUUUAAAACAACAUGCCAAUGCUAAACAUCACGGGAAAAUGAGAUCCCCCCAACUAAAUGAGUCACCAGUACAGCAAAGAUCUUUGUUGCAGCCAUUAAGAGAAAUGAUAAGAUCAGAACAUGAUGCAGAACUUUGGAGCACGUCAAUUAUUAUGCCAAACCCAACUACUUCGCAAGAAAAGCUUACAUCACAGGAUGAUGAUGAUGAGAUUAAGCAAUUUGAACCUUCAUCUCAAGAUGAAGACUUAGUAAAUAUUGCAGAUGAGUUAGAAGAUGAACCACGUUAUCAUUUGCGAAAAAGGUUACAAUCAGAAGAGAGGGUCGAAGCAAAUUUUGAAGAAUCGGAAGCAGAAUCAGAAUUAGUAAACUUUGAAGAUACUGAAUUCAUUGAUCCUGAAGACCUUCAGGGUGCGUCAUUAGAUGAUGCCAUAGAUGUAGUUGAUGGAAAACCCACACCAGAGCGCAAAGUAAAAUGGCCGAAUGAUGCAUAUCGCGACUUUUUGGAGUUGAUAGUAGAGGGUAAUAUCUCUAAUAAGAUAGGUGAUAAAAUAAUAAAGUUUUUCAACAAACAUAGUAAUUUAGACAAAUCACCAUUGCCAAGUUUAACUAAAAAUGGCAAGGAUUAUCUUAAUCAAAUAAAUUCACCUUUGAUAGACUUUAAAGAAAAGGUUGUUGCGACCUAUAAUGAAAUUAAUUUUACCCUCUACUAUCGCCCACUUUUUCUUGCUAUUCAAGCUCUUCUGCAACGACCGGAAGUAGCCAAUAACUUCGUUCAUAAAGGAAUCCAAAAUAAAAUUAAGGAUGAUAGAGGUGAAACAAGAAUAUUUGGCAAACCUUUCGAAGACGCAACAACUUUUGAUGGACUUGGGAAAUCAUCAGGCCAUCCAGUUUUUUUAAUUCUUGGUAACAUUCCAAAUCGUAUUCGAAAUUUGCCGGAGGCUAAAAUUCUUUUAGGAUUUCUCCCUAAAGUCCAAAAUACAGGAAUCAAAACAACAGAAAGUUUUCGAAGCUUACAGCGCGAUGUAUAUCAUAAAUGCUUCAAAAUUAUGCUCCAACCUUUAUUAGAAAAAUCUGAAGCGCUAUAUUUUGGAAUUAAUGGACAAGUGAUUACUUUCGCUGCACUGAUAUCUUUUUUUCUCGCAGAUAUGUUUGAAGCUGAUGAUAUAACUGCGACAUAUAAAGGAGCGCGGUGCAAAAUGCCAUGCCAUACUUGCAUAGUUUUGCAAAGUGAUCUGAACAAUAUGAGUCUUAAACUAGAGAACGUACCUCAUAGAACUCAUGAAAAUAUGAAGCAAGUAAUCAACGAUGGCCAAGGAAAGGAGUAUUCUGUGCAUUCUGUUGAAAAUUCCUUCUGGAAAUUUCUGUAA